AUGUCCCACGUUUCGAACACUUUACAGCGUUCCAUGGCCACGGAACAGGAUGUUUUGUUCGGCCCGAACAAAACUGUGGAGUCGGUCGUAACGACUCCGUUACGACACAAGGCUGCCCACGCUUUGCGGAGUGGAGACGCGAUGAACCGACCGCGCCGACCGGCACCGGCACAGGCGGGUGUCCAAUUUCAUUCAUCGCCCGCGCGGACCCCCGGGCACACGCGCAAAGCAAUGACCCGACGUGCACUGCGGCCACCCGCACAACUGCGGACUAGGGGUGCCGAUAUUUUAUAU